GCUAGCGGAAGGCGCAAGUGCCGCAGUCGAUUAUUUGCCAUAGCAAUUUGCAGCCCUAUUAUAUACACCAUCAGCACCACCACACGUGUGCACGGCAAUUAUAUACGUACAGGUGUGUGACCGACAGAGUGACAUUGUGAAUUGUACUUGUGACAUGGGACAGCGGAGUGCCUGUUAUUUGCAAUGAGGAAAAGCUGCUGGUGAACGAAAUUCGGCGUUUUCGAAUCGAGCGAGUUGCGGUGCAGCAGAGCACCGCAGUCCAACAUAGCGCGCUACACGUUCAAAACGGAGUCGCAGGGCAGCGACGGCCUGUACUUCAACCCCGAGCCGGUGUCGACGAGCCCGCAGCAGGCGAGCACCCCCAACAGCGUCAUCUCGGGAGCGACGAGCCAGCCGCAGGGCGCGUGUAGUUUGUGGAGACAAUCGCCGGCCGCCACGACGUUAAACUUCACGGACCUGGGCAGCCCUUACGGGGCCGGGGGUGGCGCCGGAGGCAGUUCGACGCCGUCGACGAUGACCAACACGGCCGGUGGCGGCGGCGGCGGCGACAUGGGUGGCGAGCACCACCCCCAGGACGGGGGCACCGCCACCCCCAACUCGAGUGCCAGCAGCAACAAGUCGGCCUUCAUCGAGCUGCAGCAGAACGCCGUCUCCAGCUACCCCCCGAGCUCGCUCAGGUACAACCACCCGCACGUGCAGGCGCAACAGCACCACCACCCUUCCGAGCACCAUCACCACGCGGCCGUCGCGGCAGCAGGCUUCGCGGCAGCCGUGCAGGCGUCGGCCGCUAGUCAGCCCCGCGCGUUGGGCGCCUACACCUUUUCGCCGGCGAUGCAUCACGGCGGCGCCCACCAGCCGCACCACCACCCUUCCUACGGCGGAUACCACCACCUCGGGGCCUACCCUCCUCAGUGCGCGUCUCCACCCAAAGAUGUUGAAAAAUAUUUUUCAGAAAAAGGCCAAGACGAUCCGACCGGAAUCAGGGUGAACGGCAAGGGAAAGAAAAUGCGAAAGCCGCGCACAAUUUACUCGAGUCUGCAACUGCAGCAGCUGAACAGACGAUUCCAGCGAACCCAGUACCUCGCGCUCCCCGAGAGAGCAGAACUCGCCGCUUCCCUUGGACUAACGCAAACUCAGGUGAAAAUCUGGUUCCAAAACCGCCGCAGCAAGUACAAGAAGAUGAUGAAGGCGGCGCAGCAGGGCGGCGGUGGCGCGCCUCCCCUUUCGAUGAGCCCUCCGCCAGGCGGCCACCACGGCGGCCACGACAGCAUCAGCCCCGGCGCGCCCAACAGCGUGGGCAGCUACGGCGGCGGCCCGAUCGGCGGCCACGGCAGCCCCCCCUCCCCCUCGUCGACGCCGGGCAGCGACAUGUCGCCGCAGCCGCCGCCGCUGCUCAUGUCCGCGUCGCCGCCCAUCAACAGCGUCAUCUCUCCGGCCGGACCCAACUCGUGGGACAUGAAACAGCACCACCACCACCACCACUUGCCGGCCUCGUCGGCGGCCGCCCAGGCGGCCGCGGCCGCAGCGGCCGCCGUCGCGUACAUGCCGCAGUACUCGUGGUACCAGACCCCGGACGCCAACUCCAUGAACCAAGGGCUGCUCACCUAAAAAAAGGUUGCUGUUUUUUUUUUGUUCGCGAAAAGGAAAAGCCGGUGUUUCACUCUCAGUGUCAUCAUCUUGUAUGUAUUAUAUUAGAUGUAUGUACCAGCAGCGAGCCCCCCAUAAACUGACUACUUUUGUGAAUUUGUGCACCGAAAGAGACACCCCAAAAGGACGGGUUAUUUUUUUUUUUUUUUUGCCGUCGGAGAUCAUGCGUGUGUGUUUCCAUACAGAGCACGAAUCGAUAUACAUAAAUGUCAUUUCGCUUGACUGCCGCGUGUGCUUGGAGCCGAGAAUUUGGAAAUGAGAGAUUAAUUGCACACACUUUUACGAAGAGUCGCCGCGAAAACGAGAGAAGAUGUUAUGUAAAAACACUAAUAUCAGUUGCAGAACGAGACCCUGAGGGCGUCCCUUCGCGCGAAGGGACGCAGUGCAGCGUUUUUUGAUUCUAUGAAUUAUAAUGCGAAAUGAGCGAGAAAUUUGGUAAUUUUAACUUGUCCCAAUGUAAUUGUAUAAAUACUGUCUAAAAAUCGAGGUGUUCUAUAUGUUUUUCCUGUAUAAAAAGUAUAAUAUAUAACUUCAUCGGAUUUCA